AUAGGCAGAAAGAAGUGAGGAACAGCAGAGGCGGAGGGCCAGCGCCUUCUAGGAUGGACAGGCUUCCCCCCGAGCAUUUGCAGGCGUCCCUCGGCUCCCUCAACGUGCCUGGGCUGCUCGUGGCGAGGGCGGUGUGCCAGGCGUGGCGCAGGUGCAUAACACACACAUGACCGACCCAACACAAGCACGAAAUGCCCCACACACACAGAAUGAAGAGUGUUUUGUGUGUUUGCUGUGUGCCCUUUGGUGCGACUUCUCCAACAGGAGCGUGUGUGAGAUUCUGAGGGUGAGCAACAAGCAAGCACGUCUUCAACGGGCCAACGGGCCGUCAUCACCGCUGUCUUUUCCUUCCCUGCCUGCAGCAAGGUUUCGACGUCUCGUCAGCGGACACCACCACCAGCAGGACGAGCUUGCCAGGUAGGCACACACACACACAGAACACACACACGCACACACACACAUGUGGUGCGCGUGUGUGUGGUGUUGGGCAGACGAGGGUCUCUUCCACCAGCUGGCCACCAGCUUCGGCACACGCAAGUGGUCCCUGGCCCGGAUAUCGCGCAUCCUGCGGGUGUUCGACGCCAGCGGCCACGUGUCUGCCAGACUCACUAGUGACUCGGACUUCGUGGCCCUGCACCACCGGCUCUCCAGAUGGGGCGCCGGCAGGGAGGCGCCCAAUGCUGGUACGAACGCACGUGGGCAGGACGACACCAUGUUUGUCACACGGUCGUGCAGAGGGGGUGUGUGUGGGGUGUGUGUGUGUGUGUGUGUGUGCAGAUUUGGUUCACCUGUUCAACAAGGCCGGCCGUCGUCUGCACACGGUGACGCAGGACGAUGCGCCCGUGUGGCUGGUGGUGGACCUGGGGCCCUUCCUGAGACUCACCCCCUCCGCAUACUCACUCAGACACAACUCCAAGUAACCAACAAACAGACGAGUGUGAAGGCAGACUACCAGAUCACUCACAAGUGACACGACACAUAUGACGCGUCGUCGAUAUGUCGAUUCUUACCCUCUGUGCGCAAUGUGGUUUGGUUUGGUGUAGGGGCUGUGCGCCACGCAAUUGGGAUUUCUACGCCUCGGCGGAUGGCGACCGGUGGACGCUGCUCAGACAGCACAGAGGCGACACCGCACUGCAACAGGUGAAUGGGUGGGUGGGUGGGUCGACCAAACGGCCAGCCAAUUCAUUCAUCAUCCUUCCCGUCUUCUGACCUUGGCCUUUUCCAGGAGCCCGGCAGCGCGGCGCGUUGGUGCAUCGACGACCCCUCCAGCUCGGCCUCCUCGCCACCAUCCGCCCACUCACGCCGCACCCUGCCCCCAUCAUUCCUCCCAUCUCUGCAGCUACCACCAACCACCACCACCACCAUCAUGACCACCGGCAGCAGCAGCACCAGCUGCAGCACGAGUGCCAGCGCGUCCCCUUCCUCCCCGCCCCACCCGUCCCAUCGCUCCUGGAACCCUCGGCCAGCCACCCACCAGCGGUGUGAGGGGUGGCUGGCCAGCGGGCGGGUGGGGCCUUCACGGGGCGUGGUGCGGCCGCAUGUGGACGGUGUCCGUGAGGGGUACCGCUUUUUCUGUGUGUGCAUGCCGCCCAGCGGCGACAGGGGGGAACGGACGGAGCUGCACGUCAGCGGAAUGGAGCUCUUCGGCAGGCUGCAGAUACUGGUCAGCUAGAUGACAGACUGGCGGGCUGGCGAGCUGGUGUGAUAUGGAUGGAUGGAUGGAUGGGGGAUGGACACAGACAGACGGACGUGAAUGCGCUGUCGUGAAAUUCUGUGUUUGUAUAGCAGUGGUCGCGCCGCCCCAUCUGCGUGCGCUUGUAGAGUACGGGUCAAGCUGUGUACCAUACUUCCUGUCUGCC